AAGUGGAUGUGACGUCACUGACAAUCAUGAAUUACGGAAAUUAGAAAUGGCUGCGAUGGGUAGUGGACGGGGGACGAUGGAUUCCCAAAAUCAAGUGCAAAGUGAUACUGUAGAUCGUUUAAAAUUACUUUAUCCUAAUGUGAACGAAGAUGAAACACCACUGCCGCGAUCAUGGAGUACAAAGGACAAAUUCAGCUACAUCGGGCUAUCGCAAAAUAAUCUUCGAGUGCACUACAAAGGUGGGACGCAGGGCCCGGGCCGAAGACCCCACCUGCCCUACCUCCACUUACGCCUCUGGAUGUAUCGUCAUGGCAAAACACACAAGGAUGCGGCGAGCGUGCGCGCCACGCAUCCGAUACCAGCGGCGUGCGGGCUGUACUACUUCGAGGUGCGGAUCGUGUCCAAGGGCCGCGACGGGUACAUGGGCAUCGGGCUGUCGGCGCACGGGGUCAACAUGAACAGAUUGCCUGGCUGGGACAAACACUCAUACGGCUACCACGGCGACGACGGGCACUCCUUCUGUUCGUCCGGCACCGGCCAGCCCUACGGCCCCACCUUCACCACGGGCGACGUCAUCGGCUGCGGCGUCAACCUGGUGGACAACACAUGCUUUUAUACUAAGAACGGACACCAUUUGGGCAUCGCUUUCAGAGGACUGCCGCCAAACCUAUACCCCACAGUAGGCCUCCAGACUCCGGGUGAGGUGGUGGACGCGAACUUCGGCCAGCAGCCCUUUGUGUUUGACAUCGAGGACAUGCUGCGCGAGUUGCGCGCCAGGACUCGUUUAGCGAUCGACGAAUUUCCCCUACCUGACGAACAGGGCCAGUGGCAACAGGUGUUACACAGGAUGGUCUCCACAUACCUGGUGCACCACGGUUACUGCAGCACGGCCGUGGCCUUCACGCGCGCCACGGGGCAGCCCAUCGAUGAAGACAUCGCAUCUAUUAAGAAUAGACAGAGGAUAUCGAAGCUAGUACUAUCUGGGCGUAUCGGAGAAGCGAUCGAAGCGACGCGGCGCCUGUACCCUUCCCUGCUGGAGCGCGACCACGAGCUGCUGUUCCUGCUCAAGUGCCGCCAGUUCGUGGAGAUGGUCAACGGCUCCGACUCACAGGCGCUGUGUGAAGCGGGCGAGUGUCCGGAGGGCGCGCUGGGCGCUGACGGCACGGCGGUGGAGAGCAACGGCGUAGCCACGUCCGUUAUAUCGCACGUAGGCCGCGCGCCGCCCCUCGCCACCAACGGGGACCAUCCUGCGCACACCAACGGUGUGGUGGAAGCGGAGGUGGACGAGCGACUGAGUUGCGACGUGGACAUGCCGCCUGCCGCGCCGGCAGCGGCCGCGCCCGCUGCCAACGGUACGCACGAAGGUGGCGAGCUGGUGAUGAAGGGCAUGCCCGGCGUCACGGCCAGCGUCGCGGCGCUGCUGGCGACACGCAUCGAGGGUGAAGGCUGCGGCUCGCGCGCGUCGGUGGAGCGCAUGCUCGCGUUUGGGCGCGAGCUGUACGCGAUGAGUCAGAAACUAAGACAGGACCACUACCAUAAAUCCAUGUUAGAAGACGCAUUCAGCCUGCUCGCGUACAGCAACCCGUGGGACAGCCCGGUGGGCUGGCAGCUGGAGCCGGUCCGGCGGGAGGCGGUGUGUGAAGCUCUUAAUUCCGCCAUACUCGAGUGGCAGGACAUGCAGUGGGUGUCGCCGGUGGAGGCGUGCGUGUCGCACUCGCGCGAGCUGCUGCGGCGCAUGGCGCGCGCGUCGCUCGGCGCCUGCGCCUUCGCCGACCUGCCCGCGCUGCUGCGCCGCUGACCCCGCCCGUCGCCCCGCGCCUCCCCGCGCGCCGCCCGCGCCCGCGCGCGCCUGCUGCCGCUGCUGCUCUCCUCCGACGACGACUCCGCCGCCUCCACGCCCGAGAAGCGCAUGCGGCCCAGGACGAGCGUCUGAACACACCGUCAUAACAACUAGUACCUCUCUUGUAACAUGUCAACACUAGACUACUGCCGGAUGCGUCCGAGGACGAGCAUUUCACUAUAUAUAAAUGAUAAUAAAUACUGCUCUUAUGACGUUCCAAACGAUACUG